ACACACAGCUCAUUGUACGUCUAUGUCUGAUUUUAGGAAGAAAUUCAAUAGACCCCAAAAACCCACGCUGGGGGAAGAAGAUGGAGAUUUUCCAUUGAACAAAUUUUAUAGCUUUGAUUGAUGAGUAUAUGCUGCAGUCAAACGAGGUGAAUAUUAUUCAGAGCUAUGAAAGGAGGCGUCUUUUCGGCGCCUGGUGAUUACAUCUACUUUAAGUCUCAAGUUCCCCUUCAUAAGAUCCCUAUCGGGUCAAAACAGUGGAGAUAUUAUGAUUUUGGUCCUAAAGUAGUUCCUCCACUUAUUUGCCUCCCUGGCAUAGCUGGAACUGCUGAUGUAUAUUACAAACAGAUCAUGUCAUUAUCUAUGAAGGGCUACCGUGUAAUUUCUGUUGAUAUUCCGCGCGCAUGGAACAACCACGAGUGGAUUCAAGCAUUUGAGAAGUUUCUAGAUGCUAUUGAUGUUCACCACAUUCAUCUCUAUGGAACAGCCCUUGGGGGAUUCUUAGCACAACUUUUUGCUCAGCAUCGUCCCCGGCGUGUUAGGUCCUUGGUACUUUCGAACACAUUUGUGGAGACCACUAGUUUCUCAGCUGCAAUGCCAUGGGCUCCCAUUGUUGGUUGGGCUCCUUCUUUUAUACUGAAGCGGCAUGUGUUAUCUGGAAUUCGUGAUAGUCCCCAGGAACCCUUUAUUGCAGACUCUGUAGAUUUUGUUGUUUCCCAGGUUGAGACACUCUCAAGAGACGACUUGGCAUCGAGAUUGACAUUGACAGCUGAUGCUUCAUCAGUUGGACCCCUUCUUCUUCCAGAUUCUUCCAUCACUAUAAUGGAUACAAAUGACUAUUGCGCAACCCCUCAAUCACUCAAAGAUCAAGUGGUCGAAAGGUACCCUGGCGCGAGACAGGCAUACUUGAAGAGUGGUGGUGAUUUUCCAUUUCUUUCAAGGCCUGAUGAAGUGAAUCUUCAUCUUCAGCUACACCUGAGACGUGUUGGUGUUGAAGCUCAACCUGAUGUGAUCCCUAGUGUUCCGAAGGAUGGCAGUGGUGGAAGUUCCAAUGAGCCAAAUAAUGGAAGAGAAGAUGCUGAUGAUUCAUCAGAAAGUGAUAAAAGGGACUCGGAAGCUCCUUCUACCGCAGAAAAUGCAGAUCCCCCCUUGGCUCCAGAAGCUACCGGUUCUCAUGAUUUAGGCAACCAACUUCUUAAAAUGGCCAAACUCUCCGAAGGCAGUGAUAAAUCUGCCACACCUCCUUUACCGGAUGCAUUUUUCCGUGACAAGCAGAAGUUACUUGUCUCAGGAGCUCUUCUGAACGUCGCGUGUGAGUUUUUAAUUCUUAAUCUGCUGCCCUUUUACUCGGGGUACUGUACAUUAACCGGAAAUGUAGCUGCAAUGUAGACACUUUGUGUGAGAUUUUUUUCAUUUUUUCAUUUUUACUUUGUAUAUUAUGGGUUGGAAAUGUGUCGUUGCAAAGAGAGUAUGCAAAUUGAAGACUCAAGAUUGUGCUGGAAAAUCUUUCUGAGUGAGAUGAAUAUAUGAUGUUGCAGUUUCAAAUC